AUGCUUAGUGAAGAGGAAGAACAAGGUGAUCACCGAUCAAUAGCAUCCAGAUUUCGUCCGCGCUCGCAUCCGUCCGGGAAUGCUUUUUGCGAUCCAUCAGCAUCGCCUGCUAAGUCGAUACUGCCGCAGAUGGCUCCUGCCACAGUUUCAAGUCAUAAUAGUGAGGCUAGAAAGGAUGGGAUCCCAGUUCGCAGAUGUGAUGAAUGGAACAUCGUCUACCCAGUCGAACCUUGCUAUAUGACGAAGUGA